AUGGAGGACAUCCUAGUAGCUGCUGCGCCCAACACCUCGUACUUCACGCCUGCUCAGGAUCCUCCUGCGGGGACGGCGUUCGACCCUCAGCCCGAUGGGAGGUCUAUCCCGAAGCUGUUCCAGCCCUUGCAAAUUCGCGGUCUACGAAUGCAGAACCGCAUCUUGCUCUCGCCCAUGGUCACGCAGUCUGCCGAAGACGGAAAGAUCACGCCGUACCACAAGACGCAUAUCGGCGGUAUUUUGACCUUCGGGCCUGGCCUCAGUUUCAUGGAGGGCGCGAGCAUUACACCUGAGGGGCGGGGGACGCCGCAAGACGUCGGCCUCUGGGACGACUCCCAGAUAGAACCGCUGCGCGAGCUCGUCGAGUACGCUCACUCGCAGAACCAGAAGAUUGGCAUCCAGAUCAACCACGCCGGUCGCAAGGGUUCUACGGUGGCACUCUGGCUCGCGCGGCAUGCGAUCUCAACCGAGGCUGUCGGUGGCUGGCCCGACAAGCUACUCGCGCCGUCUGCCAUCGCGUACAGUCCGGGUGACCCUGUACCCACGGAGCUCGACAAAGAGGGGAUUCAACGGAUCAAGAAGGCGUGGACUGAGGCAGCGGUGCGCGCUGUCAAAGCCGGGUUCGACGCCAUUGACAUCCAUGGCGCGCACGGAUACCUGCUGCAUCAGUUCAUGAGUCCAGUGACGAACAAGCGGACUGACAAGUACGGUGGUUCGUUCGAGAACCGCAUACGUCUCGCGGUCGAGAUUGUGGACGCCGUACGGGAGCUCAUGCCAGAGGACAUGCCUCUGUUCUUCCGUGUUUCUGCUACGGACUGGCUAGAGGAGGUCGCACCAAACGAGCCCUCGUGGUGUUGUGAGGAUACAGUCAGGCUCGCUGAGAUCCUUGCCGACCAUGGGGUGGAUGUCUGUGACGUCUCCAGUGGAGGUCUUGACCCGCGACAGAAGAUUGUGGUGCAGGAGUCCGCGUACCAGGCGCGCUUUGCGGUUGCCGUCAAGAAGAGGGUUGGUGGCAGGAUGCUCGUGUCCAGCGUCGGCGGGAUUAAGCACGCAACUAUUGCUCAGGAAGUUUUGAAUAGGGACAUUGACAUGGUGCUCGUCGGUCGGCAAUUCCUGCGGGAUCAUCAGACCGUCUGGACGUUCGCAGAGCAGCUGGGGGUGGAUGUCAAACUGCCUAACCAGGUCGCUUGGGUAUUCGCGGGCAGAGGCAAUCAGCAGUCAAAGGUCACAAAGGAGAAGGAGAGCAAGGACAGGGCGUAG